GUUUAUUAGAUCUUUAGUCUAAAGAAAAUAAAAGAUAUCGAAUUGUACCUCUACUGUCUUUAAUUUAUGAAAAUACCUAAAUUAACCGUUUUAUUACUAUUUACACCAAUAGUUACCUUAAAGUUUUACACGCCCAGUCGCAAUGUGAAAUUUAAGCAUUUUAUACUUGCAAUAAUAUACGACUGGUAUAAUUUAACCCAUGUAUUGUAUAAUUUUUAGUCAAAGAAUAAGUGAUCAGCUUCUCAGCCCAAGUGUAGUUGAGACUGGAGGAACUUUUACUGUGACAUGUGACGCGUCACGUGCUGGUGUUCCAACAACUGCUACAACAGUUCGGACGCUGGUGAUUGAGUGGUCAGAUGGUACACAGCAGCUUAAACCUUUAGCAAGAUACGGACAUAAUGGUACUCAAUACGAUGCUAAGGGACCAAAAGAUGUAACCUUUCAAUGGAAGUUUGGCAGCAGGUUAAGUAAUUUUAACAGUUUUACACCAUAUUCUGUACAAAACGCGACGUCAGUUGCUGAACCUGUGCUGGUCAGCUCUGGGGCAACCUGUGUCCAGUAUAUUCAUUCGUCAACACUGAAGUUUCAAACAGAAGAAAAGUACGACGGCUACACGUAUGUGUGUGUGGCUACAGAAAACAACAAGAACACAAUUGUUGGGAAUAUGACGUUGUACACUAAAACAGGGAAACAGUCCCCUUAUACAAGUCAGCCACUUAGUGAAACCCUCGUCAACCCAAAAGCAGUUGAUGUAGGAGGAUCAUUCACGGUGACAUGUGACGCUUCACGUGCUGGCGUUCCAACAAAUGCAACGACAAUUUUAAGCCUGACUGUUGCAAGGAGAGAUGGCGAAAAAGAGCCAAUAACUUUAGCGAGAUACAACACGCUUACCUUCCCAUACGAGUCAUCAAUUCCACCAAAAACAUCACAUGGCGGUAAAAAAAGGUUUUAUUUCUCUGGACGGAUUAAUAAAACAUCUGACAGACUAAAUAACAGAAACACAAUGAUGAUGAACAUGACGGUCAACGAUGCUGGAUGUCCAGACGAUGGCGUGUAUAUUUGUACUGCGAUAUACUUCAAUUCAAAUAAUGAUGUUUUAAUGAGAGUCGGUAUCAGAGUCUUACAAUUACAGGCGAGUUAA